AGGCGGCGGAGGCUGCAGCUGGGCCCCGCGCCCGCCCUGCCCCCCGCACGUCCGGGGGAAGCCGCGCUCUGCGGCCCAACGUCGGCGGCGCGGUAGCUCCUGGGCUGGGGCAGCGGCGGUGGCGGCGCGUCCCGGGCGGGGGGGGUCGCAGCAGGAUGGCAGCGGUGACCCAGUGCAAGAUACCCAAGGAAGUGGCUGACAUUUUUAAUUCCCCUAGUGAUGAUGAGGAUUUUCUUGGUUUUGGAGAUGAUGUUCCCAUGCAAACCUUGUCCUCAGAUGACAGCUCUGAUAGUUUUGACUCAUUGGAGUCAGCAAAAAAGGAUGUUCGAUUUCAAUCCAAGUACCUUACUGAAGAACUGAGGAGAAUUUUCACUGAAGACACUGAUUCAGAAAGUGAAGUGUUUGAAGGCUUUGCUCCGAGUGAGCUGGAUGUAAACAAUGCGAAUGGAAUGAUGCCCGUGGAAUCAGAUUUGAGUGACGGCGAGAACAAUAAUUUAUCUUUACUGGGUAGUGAGGAGGAGGAGGAGGAAGAGAAGGCGUCCCCCAAGAGAAGAAGUUUUGGCCUUCGUGUGGCAUUUCAGUUCCCCACAAGAAAGUCUGCCAAGAAGAAGGUGCCUGAACCAACUAUUUCCAAGUUACACUUGCAAGACAAUAAACCCCCUAAAACUCUCACAAGAGAGAAAAGCAGCAAGCAAUGGAAGAAACUAGAAGGGUCUGCCUCAGAGUCUGAGGAGGAUGUUAAAGAGAUGCGUGAAGAAAGCUCCAGUGCUCUGCUUAAAAGAGCUAUAAACAUCAAAGAAAAUAAAGCCAUGCUUGCCCAGUUGUUAGCAGAACUGAAUUCUAUACCUGAACUGUUUCCAGUGAAAAUGCCCACCUCAACUCCUUCUAAACAGAAGAAAACCCCGAGGAGAACAUUUUCUGAAGGCCAGAUAGAGCGUCGUACAAACCCAACCAGAAAUGCUCGUCCACCUGAGAAAUUUGCCUUGGAAAACUUCACUGUGUCUGCGGCUAAAUUUGCAGAACACUUUCAUAAUUACAGACGACAAAAUCUCCUAAUAAAGAAGAGAUUCAGUGGGAGUGACUGUGGAAUGCGUAAAAGAAGGAGGUCAUCUAAAUAUUCAUCUUACCGUCCUGUUGAAGAUAUUACUGAUGAGGACUUGGAGAAUAUCGCAAUUACAGUUAAAGAUAAAAUCUAUGAUAAAGUCCUGGGUAGUACGUGCCACCAGUGUCGGCAGAAAACCAUUGAUACUAAGACAGUCUGUCGUAAUCAAGGGUGCGGGGGUGUCAGAGGACAGUUCUGUGGACCGUGUCUUCGUAAUCGAUACGGUGAAGAUGUGAAAUCGGCACUUCUGGAUCCAGAUUGGAUUUGCCCUCCUUGUCGUGGUGUCUGUAACUGCAGUUACUGUCGCAAGCGUGAUGGCCGCUGUGCCACAGGAAUGCUCAUCCACUUGGCAAAAUUUUAUGGUUAUGACAAUGUUAAAGAAUAUCUUGAAAGUUUACAAAAGCAACUGAGUGAAGACAGUUGAGGAUGCUGAGCACAGCUGCCUGACCUGCAGACAAGUUGCUUAGUUCAGCGUUUUAAAAAAUUGUAUUACAAUGAUGUUUAUACAAGAUAGAAUUGUAGAAUAUAGCUUUGGAUUUUUUUUUUUUUUUUACUGAUUGGUCUUAUACAAUGAUUUCUCAGGAAAUGUUUUAGUAGAGGAAUCUAUAUGCAGAACAUUCUUUUAUGCAUAGACACCUGUAUACAGAGCAGAACAGCACUUUUUAAAACGUCAGUGGUUAAUUUUCAGUAGAUGCUUAACUCCAAAGGCUGUGAAGGGAAUUGUGAAGCACUAAAAAUUUAACCAGUGGAGGGAGGAGGGUGGGCUUUUAAUAGUUUGCUUAGGCCAUUACAUUUUUACAUCUCUUUUCUCACUCCAGUACCACUUCCUGACCUAAAGAGACAAGUUUUCCAAAGCCUUCUCUUUUGUGCACGAGCAAAUCAAGUAACUGCAUGCCUCAGUUUGUGGGCAAAAGGAAGUUUUGUCCCUGCAAUGAUGGGAGGGAGUCCUUUUGAAAACUUUAUUCAGUUCUGGUUGGACUGUGUGUUCAGUUUACCAGCCAAUUGUUCCUCUUUCCCCCCUCCCCUAAGAACUUGUAAGUGCAAGAGGUGUUUUGUGGAUACAUGUUGUUUAAACAGAAAAAAGGUAAUUGGGGGCUUGGCCCAAUGCUCACUAACGAUGCACCCGCUCUUUGAGAGUGAUAUUGACUUUUAAUUUUAGUGCUAAAGCUUUUUUUUUAAUAAUUUCUAUGUGUCUGCUUAGCAAAAAGCAGGCUUUACAAACACUUUUUAAAAACCCAUAUUACUGCAGCCUCAGAUUGUCAAAAUUUGUGUAAAAUAUUGUAUGUUUUACUCUGUGUAGAGAUAAUAAAGCAUUUUCACUAGAGGA